UAAAGGGCUUGAUAGUGUCCCUAAUAUGAUGGGAUAUAGUUGAAGAUUAAUCUAAAAAAUUGUGACCGUCAGACCCCAGAGUCAGUGGGCAGGGCGUCUUUGCGUUGGCUUUUGGGAAAUGUAGUUGUAAUGCUACCGACGCCGGCUGUUUGCGACAGAAACUACAACCCCCAGAUGCCACCGCAACACUUCAGGUCGCUGUCGGCGAACCAACGGUUCAGGAGGCCAGGGUUAACUGGGAACGUCCAUCUGACAAUGGAUUCUGAAUUAUCACACAGUGUAAUUGGGAGCUAUCAUAACCCUCCAGAAAGAAUGUGUCCCCCAUUGUUCAUCAAGAAUGAAACACCUCAGAUUGGCCACCCUGUGAAUUCAGAAGUCACCCCUCCUAAAAUGAUUAAUAGUCCAAACAACCAAGCACUUGUUUCAGCAUUAAAAACUCUCCAGGAAAAGAUCCAUCGAAUAGAGCUGGAGCGGACUCAGGCUGAGGACAACCUGAACUCUCUGUCCAGAGAGGCGGCGCAGUAUAAAAAGGCCUUGGAGAACGAGUCAAAUGAGCGGAACCUGGCCCACCAGGAACUGAUUAAACAGAAAAAAGAUAUAAGCAUCCAGUUAAGCUCAGCCCAGUCUCGUUGUAUUCUUCUCGAGAAGCAACUCGAAUACACAAAGAGAAUGGUUCUCAAUGUAGAGCGAGAAAAGGCUAUGAUCCUAGAACAACAGGCCCAGCUUCAAAGGGAAAAAGAACAAGAUCAGAUGAAGCUGUACGCUAAACUUGAAAAGCUCACUGUCUUAGAGAAAGAGUGUUUUAGAUUGACAGCCACGCAGCAGGCUGCUGAGGAAAAGAUAAACUAUCUAGAGGAAAAACUAAAGGAAGAGGAGCAUCAGCGCAAGCUGUUUCAAGAUAGAGCGAGUGAGCUUCAAACUGGACUGGAAAUCAGCAGACUUUUAAUGCCAGUUUCACAAUCACAGCACUGUAAGGGAAAGAAGAAGCCACCAAAGAAAACGAAGUGUUUAAAGAGGGAAUCCCCUCAGCAAAUGGACCCGAAGUGUAGAGCUCAGUCUUUGGAGAGGGAGAAGAUGAUAGGUGCCUAUGGGCUCCGUAGCCUUCAGAGACCUGCUCCCGUCACUGAGCUGCAGUGUCGCUACAAGCCUCUCAGAACAACUUCCCAGGCCAAAGCUGUGCCCCCUAAUCCAGGAGAGCCUGUUCCUGUCUGUGACAGUUUGUCUGAUCUUCUGAUGGCCAUGCAAGAGGAGCUGGAGCAAAUGACUGUGGAGCACAGAGAACUAAUGAGACAAACUAGAAGCCAUUCAGUCUCUGAUGACAUCGAGCACGAGCUGGAGCAAUUAGUCAAGAAGAUGGAGAGCAAAGAAGACCAGAUUUCCAAACUCAAGAAGCAUCAAGACAGUGUCCGUAAACUGCAGCAAAAAGUUCAGAACUCAAGGAUAAAUGAACCCUCGGGUAUCCAUCGGGAAGACGGCAACCCUAAAGGACUAAAGAACGUGAAAAAUAGCCCUAGGAAAUGUUGGGAUGAAACCAACCCUUUCCAGAAACACAGCACCUGCCAUCCAGCCCACGUCCACAAUGUGCAGGUGAAGCUGCGGAAGGACGACAUCAGAAGCCUGUGGAAAUUAGUACAUAUCUUUGGAACACUUACCUUUUUAUUUUCUGGGACAACUAGAACACUGAUGUCAUCAACUGCAAUGGAAAUAGAAACUAUACAAAAAGCUGUACGAAAGGGAAAAGCUUGAACUUAGGGAGGAAGGGUAAGGAAAGGGCCCAUUCCAAAGGGUCUGUUGGAACGCGUAUUUUCCUGAAUUCUGGUGGAUGGGGAGUGCGCAGUCUGAGGGUGCGAACCCUGUUGAACAGGAGCCCAAUGAGCUGCUUCAAAAUAAA